AUGGCCCUUCUUGACUACCCUGUUCCAGACUUAGAUGUUACAUUGCAAGAGGUCAGCCGUGUCCUGCAGCUCACUCUCAGUCCCAAUCGCUAUUCCGAGUUCAAAAGUACCCUGGAAGACCAGAGGGAGCUCCUUCAAGAGGCCCAGCAGAAAUUAGCAACCAUUACCGCAGGUCGAGAGAACUGGGUGACGGAGCAGUUCAAAAGAGCUCUGCUGUCCUGUGAUGACCCUCUGCACACCUCCACAGCUCUCCCUGUUGUUCUACUUCCCUCCCAGCUUAAGAGAUGUACUCAGCUGGGGAGGGCAGCUGCUCUGCUCUGGGCAGCAGCAAAGCUCUACAGUGAGCCUUUGUUAUUGGAGGGCAACGUGCCAAUGGAGCGCACACAGCAGUCUGAGGUAUUCGCUGCCAGCCGGAUUCCUGGAAGGAACCAAGAUGAGAUCAAGGUUUAUCCAGAUAGCCUCCAUGCUAUUGUCACCUGCGUUGGAGGGAUGUUCCCUGUAGACAUACUGUGGCGACCCAGCACCGGUGGGCCACUUUCUGCCAGACCUUUUGCUGAUGUCUACAACCAGCUGGCUCAGGUGAUGGAUCAACCCAGCACAGGGAAACAUACUGAUCCAUCCGUCAUCUGCAGCCUCACAACUCUUGAGCGCAAAGCCUGGGCUGCCACCAGAGAAGACAUCCUGAAGCAAGGAGGGGCAACAGCAGCAUCUUUGCUCCAAAUGGAGAGUGCAGUGCUUAUGCUCUGUCUGGAAGACUCCAACGCACCUUCUGAACUGGCUGAUGUCCUCAAUGCUGUGAGACUUGGAGGAGGUGGAGACAGCCCAUGUCUGAGAUACUAUGACAAGGUGGUGAACCUCGUGGUUUUCAAAGACAGCACAGCUGGGAUCGUGUUUGAACACAGUGCUGUUGAUGGGAUGGUGGCUGGACUUGUGACACAACGAGUCUACAAUCUAUCAGAAACUGCUGAUCUAAACCUUUUGAGUUCUGACACAGAAAACGUGAAUGGUUCUGUAAGAGUAAACAAUGGUAACUAUGAAGACCCAACACCUCUCACAUUUCACUUAAAUGUGAAAAACACACCCAAACCAAGCCCUAAUUUACAAGAAACACACCCAGUCCUUACUUUUGAUAUGCCCUCCUAUCCUGACGUCUUUUCGACUCUCAGAGGGCAAAGAGGCCUGUACGAUGCUUGGGUCAACUUCUCUUUGCAGCUCUCCCUAAGGCAGACUCUUGGGGAAUCAGCUUCCAAUCAUAUACUUGUUACACCUACUCAUAUGCGACACUACAAACAUGGCAGAUGUGACCCUACAUACUCACUCACCAUGCAUUCCCGCAAGCUAGUGAGUGCCUUGCCAUCUUGCAUUGGCCCAGAUAGCAAAAUUCAAUACACUACUGACCUCCUAAACUUGUUCCACUCUGCGUUUUUGGAACAUAAGAACCUCAUCAAAAACAGCAAAAAUGGUCAAGGAGUUGGUCCCCAUCUGGCUGCCCUACGCCGACUUUUGCCACCUGAUAAUCCACUGAAAAAGUUCCUGGACCCCUUUGGAUGUCCAUCAGUAUACCUCACAGGAACAGAUAUGAUGGAGGGUGUGGAGUGUGGAGUAGGGAACGUUUAUGCCAGAGAUCAGCUUGCUGUAACCUACCUUGGCAAAAGAGACAUGGUUCGCAUUGUGCUUAAUGGGAAAGGAAGCUUUGCUUUGGUACUUGAAGAACUCAGAGAAAACCUGAAGAGAAACCUCAAGUUAGUGAUGCUUUUAGCUCUUAGAUAUGCUAUUGCAAACCAAAUGGGUGCUCUGGAAUGUGUGCUGCAACAGGGACAAACAGAGAAAAUGCACGCAAAGACAGAUCAGUGCUCAGAGAGGCUAGAUAAUGGCAAGAGCGAUGUUGAUUCCUCCUCUGGCAUGGGCUCUGACUACACUCUGGUGAUCCAUGGUGGUGCAGGAGAAGAGAUGAUGCUGAAUGCUGAAGUGAUUGGGGUUAUCGAGUUUGCUCUACAGACAGCUUUAACAGUUGGAUCUCAUGUGCUCCUAAAAGGUGGUAGAAGUCUUGACGGAGUCCAGAGGUCGGUGGAAGCUCUAGAGGACUGCUUCCUGUUCAAUGCAGGCAAAGGCUCAGUAUUCAACAAAGAUGGAAAACAAGAAUUGGAAGCAACCAUCGUAGAUGGCAAUGCAAUGAGUUCAGGUUCUGUCGCUUGUGUGAAAAGUGUGAAGAACCCAAUAAAAGCAGCUAGAUGUGUCAUGGAGAAAAGCUCACAUGCACUCAUUGUGGGGGACGGAGCUGAAGAGUUUCUACAUGGUUUGGAGGGCAAAGAUAAGCCUGUUGAGCCUGAGUAUUUCCACACUGAUACACGCCUACGACAGUUAGCUGCAAAGCUCAGUGCUGGAAACAACUCCAAAAACAGUCACCCUCAGACGGUUGGAGCUGUGGCCUUAGAUCGCUGGCAUAGCUUGGCUGCUGCCUCUUCCACAGGUGGGGUGGUAGGAAAGCUGAAAGGGCGAGUUGGGGAUACAGCGGUGGUAGGAGCUGGAAUAUAUGCUGAUGACAAGGUGGCUAUAACUUGCUCUGGUGAUGGAGAUGUAUUUCUGAAGCACACAGUUGCACAGAAAAUAGCCAGCCUCUACAAUCACAAGGGGUAUAGCAUUAAGGAAGCAUGUAGAGAAGUGAUGUCUGAAAAACUGGAUGGGGUUUGUGGAGGAAUCAUUGCUGUUGACAAGAAGGGUGAGGCCACCAUUGAAACAAAUGCUGGUGUGAUGUUUGUGGCAUCAGUGGUCAGUGGCGUUUCAAGGGUAGAAGUCCUGAGGCCAAUGAGGAGCUUCUCCAAUGUCAUCUGGGAAACAGAUGAACUGGUUGCCUUCCUUAAUCCAAACCCCUGGAUCCCUGGGUCAACCAUUCUGACAACGAAAACUCUCAGUGGGGCAAGUAGCAUCUUCAAGUUGGCUUUGCCUGAUUUUGUAUCAAUGCUACAAGGGGCAAGAGUUGUUUCAAGCUUGCUAUGUGAGCGAUUAGGAGUGCAGCGUUGUGCUUUGGUUUUCAACCCAAUGCCUGACAAGCCAGCACAGAUUAGACUGCUCCCUCUUCAUGGCCUUGAGCCAAAGUGGCAGCCCCAUCUUGCUUGCGAAGAGGAAUUCCACACUUACGAUCCUGGUUACUGCACCUCAAAAAGUGGCCCAAGGUGGGAUGAUGAAGCAUUGGCCUAUGUUCAAGCAAAGAUUAGGAAUGGAUUGCCUACACCAAAUGCACCCUCCUGCUUUGACUUUUUUGGAGACCCUUCUGAUGAUAAUGUAUUCAGCCGCAUUGUUCGUGGAGAGCAGCAACAGUGGAGAGUGUGGGAAGACAAUGAGCAUGUAGCUUUCCUCACACCCUACCCAAACAGCCCUGGACUGACUGUAGUUGUUCCUCGUAAGCCACUGUCCAGUGACAUCUUUAAACUAGAGGAAGCUGACUACAAAGCCCUGAUCCUAGCCACCUACAAAGUUGCCAGACUCAUGGAGGAGGGGAUGGAAGCCAGAGGUGUAGCUCUAAUCUUCGAGGGCUUUGAAAUUGACUAUGCUCAUGCCAAGCUUAUCCCUCUGGGGCCUCCUCCUGAUGGCACCAAGCCUGCUGAGCUGCAACCAGAAUGCUUUGAGAACUAUCCUGGAUAUGUGUCAUCACUUGAUGGCCCAGCAGCUGACCAAAAAGUCCUCAAAAAGGUCUACAAAAAAAUUACACAUUGCAGACCUCCUCAUUCAUGGAGAAACCCUCAAUCUCAUGCCACACUUGCCAUCAAGAGCCAGUGGUAUCGCAACCUGUUCCAGAUCCAGAACACUCUUUUCCACAGCACAGUGGAAUAUUUCCACAACAUUUGUCAGUACUCCUAUGCCCUUACCCCUCUCACCACUGACACCAUCUCCUCUCCAAUGGGGCUUGGUUCUGACUCUGAACCAGUCUCUGUUAACCUGCUGGGCCAGGAAAUCUACCUUGCAGACUCAAUGCAAUUUGUUCUUGAAUACUUCCUUCGCUUCCAGGAGAACCUGCCAGGAACCUACUACAUAUCCCCCAGCUUUAGGGGGGAAGACCCUGAUGCCACACACUUAAAUCAGUUCUACCAUGUGGAGUGUGAACUACUGGGUGACAUGGAUAAUGCCAUCUCCAUAGCAGAGGGAUUUUUGGUUCAUCUCACUAAGUCCAUGCUAAAGAAGCACUCUGAUAUCAUCCUUAACACUGCUGGGACUUUAACACAUGUCAAAGACAUGCUGAAUAAGUUGGAGGGGAAUGCGGCACUUCCAAGAGUCUCACUAGACCAGGCCAUCCCCAUGAUGCCCUCUGCAGACUGCUUAGAGUGGGUCCAAGAUGGCCAACCGCAAUUUGGCAGAAAGCUAACACGCAAAGGAGAGAGGGUCUUGAUUGAGAAGUAUGGCGGUGCUGUUUGGCUGACUGAGAUGGACCAUCUUGGGGUUCCUUUCUACCAAGCAUAUGUGGAAGGAACUGGACGUUGCAAAGCCAAAGCUGCUGACCUUCUCCUGGGUCUGGGUGAGACUGUAGGUCUUGGUGAACGUCAUUCGACCCCUGAGAUGGUACAAGAUGCCCUCAGGCACCAUGGGGUGCUAGAGCAAUCCUACAAAUGGUACAUCAACAUGCGGCAGGUGAAACCACUUCUCACAAGCGGAUGGGGAAUGGGGACAGAGCGUUACUUGUGUUGGCUGCUACAGCAUGAUGAUAUCAGAGAUAUUAACAUCAUUCCAAGGAUGAAAGGAAUAAAAUAUAUGCCUUAA